AUGGCUGACCAAACUGAAAAAAUUACCGAACAGUUGCAAAAGACGUACCUUGACGAGGUAACUGGAGAGCAAGUUUCCAAAUCAGAGCUAAAGAAGCGUCAGAAACUUCGUGCUUUGGAGACCAAGAAGGCCCAGAAGGCAGCCAACGCUGCAGCUACUGCUCCCAAGGUCGCUAAGAAGAAGGAUGAUCUAGCUGAUUUGAACCCCAACCAGUAUUUCGAAAUUCGUUCUAGGCAGAUCGAUGAACUCAGAACUGACCUACGUGGUGCAAACAAUCCUUAUCCUCACAAAUUCCACGUGACGCUGAGAUUGGAUCAAUUCCAAGCCAAGUACGCUCACCUCAAAAGAGGUGAAACUCUACCAGAGGAAACUGUUAGUGUCGCUGGAAGAAUCCAUGCUAAGCGUGAAAGUGGAUCCAAACUUAAGUUUUACGUUCUACACGGAGAAGGUGUUCAGGUUCAAAUUAUGGCCCAGGCUCAAGAUGCUGAUGGUGAUUACGAGAAGAUGCAUGAACUCCUGAGAAGAGGUGAUAUAAUUGGUGUUACUGGAUAUCCAGGUCGUACUUCUCCUGCUAAAGGUGGUGAAGGUGAAAUUUCUGUCUUUGCUCGUAAGGUCAAGCUGUUGACCCCAUGUUUGCACAUGUUGCCUACUGAUCACUUCGGUUUCAAGGACCAAGAAGCCAGAUACAGAAAACGUUACUUGGAUCUGAUUAUGAACGAUGCAACCAGAGACCGUUUCAAGAUUAGAUCUAAAAUUAUCUCCUACAUCCGUCGCUUCUUUGACGAAAGAGACUUCAUUGAAGUAGAAACUCCUAUGAUGAAUGUAAUCGCCGGAGGUGCUACUGCUAAGCCAUUUAUCACACACCACAACGACCUUAAUAUUGACAUGUACAUGCGUGUUGCUCCUGAACUGUUUCUUAAAGAGCUGGUUGUUGGUGGUAUGGAUCGUGUUUACGAGAUCGGACGUCAAUUCCGUAAUGAAGGUAUUGAUAUGACUCACAACCCCGAGUUCACCACCUGCGAGUUCUAUCAGGCUUAUGCUGACGUAUACGAUUUAAUGGAGACGACUGAGCUUCUUUUCUCCGAGAUGGUCAAGGAGAUCACUGGUGAUUACAAGAUCCCAUACCAGCCAGACGGUCCUGAAGGAGAAACCUUGACCCUAGAUUUCAGCCGUCCAUGGAAGCGAAUUAACAUGAUCGAGGAGUUGGAGAAACGUUUCGACGUCAAGUUCCCUCCUGGAGACGAAUUGCACACCGCAGAGACCGGAGAGUUCCUCAAGAAUAUCUUGAUUAAACACAAAAUGGACUGCCCACCACCUUUGACCAACGCCCGUAUGUUGGACAAGCUUGUUGGAGAGUUGGAAGACACCUGUACUAACCCAACUUUCAUUUUUGGUCACCCUCAAAUGAUGUCUCCUCUGGCCAAAUACGACCGUGAGAUUCCAGGUCUGUGUGAAAGAUUUGAAGUGUUUGUUGCUACCAAGGAGAUCGCUAAUGCUUACACAGAGUUGAACGAUCCAUUCGACCAAAGAUCUCGUUUUGAAGAGCAAGCUCGUCAAAAGGACCAGGGUGAUGAUGAAGCCCAGUUAAUUGAUGAAAUUUUCUGUAACGCUUUGGAAUACGGUCUUCCACCAACCGCAGGUUGGGGAUGUGGUAUCGACAGACUGGCUAUGUUCUUGACCAACUCCAACACUAUCAGAGAGGUUCUGCUCUUCCCAACCUUGAAACCCGACGCUCUCACCAAGGGUGAAGAAAAGGAACAAAACUAG